AUGCCAGAGCACACUCCGGCACCAACACCGCAUAGAGCAAUAUAUGGUUAUGCCUUUUAUCUAUUAGUUAUAGCUCUUUUUGUAUUUUACUUUUUAUGGGCACUGCUGCCAACCAAAGAAUGGGGUUUAACCUAUUUGCCGGAUAAAUAUUUUGCUGUACUACUUCCAAUGUUGGUGCUGGUGGGGUUGUCUUUCUUUGCAUUUUUCAUUUAUCCUGCUAUUAGCAUGUCUCUUACUGCAGACAUAGAUGAAAUGGCCUCAGUUGCUGAUGUGUCGUUGAUAUUAAAAGGGAAACAAAAAAAAAUUGUCCGAUCUUGGAGUGAAUUACAGCAAGAAAUGGUACCAAAUAGAAAAGCAUCCAAAAAUAGUGGCAAUUUAAUUGAAAAUUGUUAUUACUGUUUAGGAAGUCAUAGUAUACCCAAGGUGGCAGAUCAGAUUGACACCUUACGAUUUAUGGAUUUAGCGGAAGUAAAUAAAAAAUUAUUUGAAUAAAAA